AAUUAUAGAACAGAUGGUUGGUGGAGAAAAAGCUAAUGACAAAGAACUAAAAGAAAGAAGAGUAAAGAAAAGAAAUUAUGCUGAAAAAAAGAUUAAGUGUAUGAAAGAGGCUCUGUCUAAUUUGGAUGAUGAUGAUGGCAUUAUGCUGAAAGUGUAUGAUGAUAUUCACGAAGAACUAAAAGCAAAAACUAUUCUUGUGAAGAAAGCUAAAAAAAAGAUACAAGCUCUUGAAAGAGAAAUCAGUGACUUGCACAGUGAGUUUGAAGAAGAUCGGACAGACUAUUUGGAAACUAUUAGAAAACAAGAUGAGCAGAUAAAACUCCUUCAGCAGAUCCUGGAAAAGGUUCAGCCCUGCAUUCGACGGGAUUGUAAUUACUCAAACUUAGACAAGGUUAAGUUUGACAGUACAUGGGAUGAAGAUCUACAAAAGUGGCACAUUCCAGAGUUGGUUAUAGAAAAAACUCGGCUUCCUCCUCCAGGUAAGUAAGGUAGUGAUUCUUCAAUCAUAUAGAA